CUCCCGAAUCGCCACACCUGGAACGCGAGGGUUAAGCCGAAGCAGGAACUCCGUGAUUGACAGCACGGCCACAAACUGAGCAAUGAGCAUUCUGGCUCGCAGCCCACGUGGGCUCGCCGCCUUCUGAUUGGUCAGGGCCUGCAGGGGCGGUUCGCUGAGUCCGGGGCCCACGUGCACCGUGGCCUGGGCCCUGAUACACGCUUCCCUCGGACUUAAUCAGAUUUGUGACCUCAAGAAUCUUCUAGAUGACUUCCCACAGACAGAGCAGUGACACCUUUGGUGGAAUUUUGCCUUCCACCUUAUCCAGUCGGUAUUUGUCCAUCGUGAACCAGCUUCCGGAGGAGUUCAGCAGCGUCGUCUCUGAAAUGAUGGUUCACCUAGAGAACAUCUUCAGCCUGGCAGAAAACUUCUUCCAGGCGAUAGAGCGCUUCAGUAGAACCCCAGACCUCCUGGAGAGGAACAAGAUGAGUAUUGGUGUUGGGGCUGAAGGGGACAGUUGGCCAUGUCAUGUGUCUCAUGAGGCCCCAAUGGGCUCUGCCCAGACCACAGAGAACUCAGCUAAGGAAGAAGACAAACAGGUCCCAGAGUCUGCAGCCCUCCAGCACCCCAAGUUCAAAAGCACCCCGGGGCCUCAGCUGCCCACCAGACGUCGGUUCCUCUCAGAGAGUGAUGAGCUCCAGGACCCACAGCCGGUCUGGGACGCGGAGCCCCAGUUCUGUCAAGGCUUCCUGAUCCAGGGACUCUGGGAACUUUUCAUGGACAGCCGCCAAAAGAACCAACAGGAACACGGGGGUGAGGAUUCCUCACAGGAAAGCAAAGAUUCAGGCCUGUGUGACUUUAAACCAGAACCUCAGCCCAGGCACAGAAACAGCCUGAGUGACUCUGCCGACCCCUUCCUGAUCAAGUCUCCCUCAGCUCUUCUAGAUUAUUACCAAGAAGACGUCAGUCGGCCCCAACCUGAGACGCAGGAAUCUUCUGGAAGAGCUGAUAAAUUUCUGAAGCCCUUGUCCUGGGGCUCUGAAGUCUUAGAGAGCAGCUGUAAUCAGCCUAGCACAGCACUCUGGCAAUUAGAGAGGUUCACUGUCCCCCAAGCACUGCAGAAGGUGCGUGUGCUGAAGCACCAGGAACUGCUAUUGGUGGUAGCUGUGAGCUCCUUCACGCGGCACGUCUUCACCUGCAGCCAGAGCGGCAUCAAGGUGUGGAACCUCGUGAACCAGGUGGCCGAGGACAGAGACCCAGAAAGCCACUUGAAAUGCAGCGUCCAGGUGACGGGGCAGGGACGGGGUUGGGGAUGGGAGGUGCUGGAAGAGCCACGACUGACCCUCACUCGCCGGGACGAUCCUCUGCAGGACAACAAGGUGUACCUGCGCACCUGCCUGCUGUCCUCCAACAGCAGGACCCUGUUCGCGGGUGGAUACAACUUACCUGGCGUGAUCGUGUGGGACCUGGCAGCCCCAUCCCUGUAUGAGAAGUGCCAGCUGCCCUGCGAGGGCCUGUCCUGCCAGGCACUGGCCAACACAAAGGAAAACAUGGCCCUUGCCGGCUUCACAGAUGGCACGGUCAGGAUAUGGGACCUACGGACUCAGGAAAUAGUCAGGAACCUCAAAGGCCCUACCAAUUCGGCCAGGAACCUUGUGGUCAAAGAUGACAACAUCUGGACAGGGGGUCUGGACGCCUGCCUGCGAUGCUGGGACCUGCGGAUGGCCAAGGUGUCACUGGAGCAUCUGUUCCAGUCCCAGAUCAUGAGCCUGGCUCACAGUCCGACCGAAGACUGGCUGCUGCUGGGCCUGGCCAAUGGCCAGCACUGCCUGUUCAACAGCAGGAAGAGGGACCAGGUGCUCACUGUGGACACCAAGGACAACACCAUCUUAGGCCUCAAGUUCUCCCCAAAUGGCAAGUGGUGGGCGAGCGUCGGUAUGGGCAACUUCAUCACGGUCCACAGCAUGCCCACCGGAGCAAAACUGUUCCAGGUCCCCGAGGUUGGCCCUGUCAGAUGCUUCGACAUGACUGAGAACGGCAGGCUCAUCAUCACAGGAUCCAGGGACUGUGCCUCGGUGUACCACAUCAAGUACUGACAACUUCAACUCCCCUCCCCUAACUGCACAGUGGUGGAUGGCAAUGGGUGUGAUGGGUCUGCAGUGCUUCUAGAGGCUUCCAUGGGGUGUGCAGAUCCCGAGUUGCGUGUAAUAAAACAAUUGAAAUGGCA